AUGAACAUUGAUUUCGAAGCAAUGGCUGUCUUAGAGGAGGAGUCUCAAAAUGAGUUGAGCGGUGGAUACGCAACAAAGACCGCGACGGGCGCUGAAGGGAGUGAGAGGCGCGAGGGGGGAAAACGUGGUCGCAGGCCCGGGAGGAAAGCACAACUCGACAAACAGGAUAUGAAGGCGAAACUGGAGCGAAGCCGGCAGCUCGGCGUGAGUGCCGAGCGCGAAGUGAAGCUCCAGUUUCAAGUCCCGAAGAACUUGUUGCCAUCGAGAAGUUUUGCUGGCGCUUAA